AAGCCGUGUAUGUUUUAACAGAACUAUAUUUACAUUUUUUGUGUGUUUUUUUUAUGUAGAUCAAAUAUAAUAGAUGUGAAUAUGUAAUAGAUACAAAUUAUAUUUACAGUGGAAUAGUGAAUUUACAGGUUGUCAAUGCAGAAGUUAUGUUUCUUAAUUUGUGUCUUAAAUUUUGAUAAAAUUUUCUCCUCUUUAAGUUCAUUUGGUAAGAAGUUCCAAAGAAAAGCCGCAGAAACUGCAAAGCUUUUUUUAUAACAUUCAGUUCGAACAUUAGGUAUCUGAACAUUUAAAUCAGAUGACCUCAAGUCAUAAGUAGUUGAGCCAGACUGCUUCUCAAACAUUUCAGAUAAAUGUGAAGGAGAGUUUCCAUUCAUAAUUUUGUGCAUCAUCAUAGCUUUCUGAACUUUGCGGUUGUGUGCCAGGGUUGACCAACCCAAAUCAGAAAAAACAUCGCAUGUGUGAACGGUUCUGUAUGGGGCUCCAGUAAUGAUACGAGCUGCACGAUUUUGCAACUUUUGGAGUUGAUCGGCUAGCGUCAUAUCAAUACUGUCCCACACAGUGCUGCAGUAAUCAAAGUGAGGUUUUACGAUUGUGUAGUAUAUGUUAAUGAGAAGCUGCCGGCUCAAAUAUGGUUUUGCCUUUUUCAUAACGCGUAAAUUUGUUAUAAUUUUAUUUUUUAUGUUUUGAACAUGACCAUUCCAUGUUAGGUUUUCAUCGAUUUUGAGCCCUAAGCAAGUAACUUCAUGUACCUGCUGGAGAGUUAUUCCAUCAAUUGUUAAGUCAAAAUUUUCAGUAUGGGUGGCUAAUCUUUGUCUUGAGCCAACCAUCAUAAUUUCAGUUUUAACAACAUUCAAUGUGAGUUUGUUUGCACAUAGCCAUUCCACAACACACUGAAUAUCACGUUCUAAUAGUGAUUUGAUUUCUGAGAUGCUACAACCUGAUACAUUGAGGUUUGUAUCAUCCGCAAACAUUAUUGUGGAGCUAUGGGUAACACAAUUUGGUAAAUCAUUUAUGUAAAUUAGAAAUAGAAGUGGUCCUAAAAUAGUUCCUUGUGGGACCCCACAAGAAAGUAUUUGUGCGUCUGAUAAAACUCCAUUCACACUGUACAUUUGCAUUCGACCACUGAGAUAAGAUUUAAACCAGUUAAUUGUUGGUUGAUCUAAGCCAAGAUACUGUAAUUUAUGUACUGUAGAUCAGGAGGGAAAGCCACUAGAUAGUACGUGGCGUGCUCUCUUUAAUGUGCAAAAAAGCCACUAGAUAGUACGUGGCGUGCUCUCUUUAAUUUCUCUUGUCUUGGAUGCGCGCGCGUUAAUUGGAUCACUUCACUGCGUUUCGAAUGACGUGGUUGAUGUGCCGUUUAAUUAAAUUUCAAGUGACGCGAGCCAACAGAUCACGACACUUUUGUAUAUAAAAAGAGCGUGUGAAUUAAACAAGUCACAUAUUAUUAGCACUGAUGAAGAUCCGGGCUUACGGAUCGAAAGCUUUGCAGUAAUAAAUGUAAGUGGUGUUUCCACAAACAAAACCUAUUAUACUGUAAUUUAUCCAGUAAAAUUUCAUGGUCCACAGUAUCAAAAGCAUUUUUAAGGUCAAGAAAUAGGGCUCCGUUGAUUAGUUUUCUGUCAAUGUUAAAACACCAUUCGUUAGUCAAAUCUAACAUUGCUGUUGCAGUUGAAAACAUUGAACGAAAUCCCGAUUGUUUAGGAUUAAUCAAAUUGUGCUUGUGGACAUAGUUCUCUAAUUGAAUGUAGACAAGUUUCUCAAAUAUUCUAGCAAUUGCAGAAAUAACCGAGAUAGGCCUAUAGUUGUCAGAUUCACAGCGCUCUCCUUUUUUAAAUAUUGGAAUCACUUUUGCCUUUUUCCAGUCGCUGGGAAAUGUAUUACUUAGUAAAGAUAAGUUGAAAAGUUUAGCCAAUGAAUCACUAAUAUAUGGAGCUGAGAUUUUCAACUCCAACUGCUUUUGCUGCAUCACUAGUUUUUAGUAAUGCUUCGACUUGGUGAGAAAAAAUCUUUUGAAACCCAAAUACUGUAUUAGAUUUAUUUAGGUAAUCUGUAAAUGAUUUCUCGUUGGAUGCGGAUGGUAUUUUUGAUGCCAGUUUAGGACCAAUUUCUGUGAAAUGAGUAUUGAGUGUGUUUGCUAUAUCUUUAGCCUUGGUUAUAGACUCAGAAGGCGAAAUGUUUAUUUUAUUUAUCUCAGUAAUUUUUGCUUUUCUAUUCAUCAGGUCAUUUAGCACUUUCCAAGUACCUUUUGAGUUUCCUGAAUUAUUUUUCAAUUCAUUUUUAAAGUAGCAUUUUUUGGGGGGUUUUUUUCACCAACUGAUUGACUGCAUUUCUUUUCACUUUGAAUUGCAGCCAGUCAGCUGGUGAAUUUGAUUUGGUAGCUUUUUUCUUCAACAUAUCUUUUGCAUACAGUUCACGCUUUAAUUCAGAAUUAAUCCAAGGAGAUGGUCUGUUGCGUAUUCUUUUUGUUCGGCAAGGCGCAUGCUUAUCAAGAAUACCUAGCAUUUUCAAUUUACAUUCUUCCCAAACAAUGUUUAUGUUGUCUUCACUGUUUGGGGAUGGCCAUAUUGUGUUUUUGAUAGGUAGGUAGGUAGGUAGGUAGGUAGGUAGGUAGGUAGGUAGGUAGCCUAGGUAGGUAGGUAGGUAGGUAGGUAGGUAGGUAGAUAGAUAGAUAGAUAGAUAGAUAGAUAGAUAGAUAGAUAGAUAGAUAGAUAGAUAGAUAGAUAGAUAGAUAGAUAGAUAGAUAAGUAGAUAGAUAGAUAGAUAGAUAAGACUUUAAUUCCUUCAAUACUGAAGAUAUGUACAAAAUAUUUAAAAGCUAAGGUAAAAUUAAAUUAAUUAAGAUAAACGAAUGCAUGUUGGUACUGUUUAAAUGUAUCUAGUCUAAGCUGUGAUUGUACACAAUUUGCUGAUAUGUUUUACUACAAUUAAGGCUAGUUCGUCUUUUAGGCUUACAUUCCCCCCAAAAAUGGGAUUAAGUCCACCAAGUAGGCUUACAUAAAGGUCUACAUCGUCCAUGGAAUGAAGUGCAGCUAAAACAUUGGUCGGAGGUUUAUCAGAUAUUUCUUCCCACAAGUUAUUCCGUCAAAUGCUCUUGUGUGGACAAAUCAUAAUAAAAUGAAAAUUGAUGUUCCAGAUUUGUGCUUGGCAUAAUGUACACCGAACAAUGGGAUUGCAUGUCGUUUCCGCAAAUAAUUUUAACCAACUUGGCAAUAGAUAGUUUCUCGCAAGGGUUACGUUUCGCUAAUUCCCACAGGUAUAACGGUGUCAAAUUCGUAUGGAUUUCUUUAAAGAAGAAAAGUUCUUCUUUAUGCAACAUUCCGUUUUUCCACUUUUCGGUUUCAUAAUUUUUUAUUUGGGUUUGAACUAUUUUUUUCCAUUUGUUUUUGGAUGGAAUAAUUGAUUCAUGUACAAAUGUUGCCAGGUAAUCGAAUAAGUCGUAUUUAUUCAGGAUACGCAGAAUAUCAGAGUAAAUCCAAGUUUCUGCUUUGUGGGAUUUGCGAGAUACGAAAAUAAUCUAUUGAUAAAAAUUGGCUUUGCUGUCAUUGUAACGCUUGAUAGACUUAAGCGACCAAAGUACAUCAGUUUUGCUUUAUCUAUCUGCCCCGGCCCUCCAUAGACCACAACGCCAGACUGCCAAGUGCCGCUUCAGAUCGUGUAUUAGGUUCGAGACCUUGGAUACGCUUCGCGCUAUGGCGUAAGCUUCUUUCAAUGGAUAACAGUUCUUGUUCAGUCAUGUUGUUCCAAAGUUCACAGCCGUAAAGAGCAGUGGGAAUUACAACAGAGCGCCAUAAGUUGGCACCACAAAUUGGGUUUAAGGCAUUAGGACGUACUCCAUGUUUGGAAAGGCAUGCCAUUGUGGAUUUGGUUUUAGCACGAGCUUCAAGCGUUCUUCUCAGGCUAGAAAAGUUACAUGAUAGCUCAAUUCCAACAUGUGGCCAAGUUUGUUUUUCUUUUAUUGGAACUCCAUACAGAGUCCAUGAUCUUGAAUCGGUUAAUCUGUUUCGCAUUUGUGUAGUUUCACCGAAUGUUAUUACUGUCGUUUUUGAUGGAUUAAAUUCGAAAUGCCAUUUGAAACUGUAAUUUUCUAAACAGUUGAGCAUAACUUGCAAGCAUUUAACGCGAUUCGACUGCAUGGCAAUGUCAUCAGCAACCAAAAUAGGCUUCCAUCGGAGGUUGUUAAGCCAUAGACUUUCGUUGCAUUCAUUUAGAACCUGUGGUAAAUCAUUAUUAAAUAUCAUAAAAAGCCAUGGCAAUAACACGCCACCUUGUCGUACACCUUGAAGAAUAGGAAAUUCUUUAAAACUGUGGCAAUUGAUACACCAGGCGGAAAUCUUAGUUUAAAGAUAAAGAGCAGAGCCCAGCAAAUAACUUUAAAACCAAACAUAAUAAAAGUAAAAUUUUAAUUAGCUAACGUUUCGUUGUUUACAAUACAACAUCUUCAGAGCAAUCUAAAUGAAUUUACAGGGUAUGGUAUAUAUAUAUUUACAAAAUAAUGGUUUAAUAUUACAAAAACGGUUACAUAGUUUGAAAGAAUAAAUGAGUAGAAAGAAAGGAAAACAACUUAUCAGUAACUGGUUAAUAUUAAGUAAAGAUUAAUGUUAAGUGCAUGGUUAGUAUAUAGUUAAGGUUAAUAUUACAUAACUAAAUAACUCAAGAGGGGUAGAUCUAAUAUUAGCAUUAAGGACAGGGUUAAGUUGAGAAAUUAAUAGGCUUUCACGGAUAAGAAGAUCCCACUCAGAAGUGCCUGAUGAUACAAUUUUGAAAUCAGAAGCGGAGACUGGGUGUUUGUGCAUGUGUUUGUGAGCGAGUAUACUAGACAUGGUUGAGAUAGAGCGUUCUUUUCCAGUCAAAGGCGAGACUCCCAUAUGCUCUGAGAUACGUGUGUGAAUGUGUCGGCGUGUUUGGCCAACAUACAAUGCGCUACAGCAUUGACACGUGAACUGAUACACAACAUGUGAUCUCAGGGAUCACAACAUGUGAUCCCUUUUUUCAUGUGAUCUCUCCUUAACUAUAUACUAAUGUUAUACACGGAAAUAAUACACUAGAAUUAUAUGCACGAGUGUUGCACGUGAUGAUCACAUGAAGCAUACAAUGAACCAUUGAUGAACAAUGCACAGUAGCAUAUAUAAUUUAAUUAACAGGAAACAAUGUGUAUGACACUGUCAGGAAACAGUGAGUGUAUUAGAGCCAAGCUGACUUUCUGACAUCACAUGAACAACAACAAGCCCAAUUGGCAACACUAAUAUCGCAAAAUACUUUACAGGUGGGUCCUGCCCUCCAUCCCACACCAUUUUUUGGUACGCCGACACAUGACCUUACAGCAUUUCUUGGCCACUUUGAACGGUACUCUAAUUUCUGUGGGUGGGAUUCUAAACAACGUCUACGGGCCCUACCCCUUCACUUACAGGGUAAUGCUGGAUCUUGGUAUGCUAGUCUUAAUACUAGUUUUGAGAGUUAUGAUGCUUUAAUUAAUGCACUAAAAGAACAGUUUAGUAACCCGGCAUCACUGUGGCUCUUGCGUCAACAAUUAUCAUCAAGAAAGCAGAAUGAAACUGAGCCUGUAGCUAAUUAUGCAGCAGAAAGGCCAUGUUAUAUUGGGACAGCCAAAAACUCUGGCAGAGGCAGAAAACCUUGCUCUUCUUAAAGAAGCUGUUUCAGUGAGUACUCCUAAUUUGGCACAGUAUAAAUUUGAAUCCCAGCUUCCGAUUAUAUUCCCUAUUGGGUUUGGAAUGAUCAUGCGGAAAUUCUAACCGAAGUUGUAACUAACGUCUGGAAUUUGUCCCUUUCAUCACAUACUUGGCCAGAUUCAUGGAAAAGAGCGAAUAUUAUAACCCUCUUGCAAAGGUUGAUUUACCAAAGGAAGAUGGUGACUUUCGUGGAAUAAAUAUUACACCUGUAAUUGCGAGGACCUUCGAAAAGCUCGUUUAUAAUAGUCAGGUCAAGUCGACAGUUGAGGAAAUUUUAUCCCCAACGCAAUUUGCGUACAGGAAGGGGGGGAGUUGUACAAACGCUCUGUUAACUAUUCAGAACAAAGUACUCAGCUUCUUAGAUAGAGCGAACUGCAAAGCAGUUAGACUGUUUUCUAUGGAUUUUAGCAAGGCUUUCGACUCAGUGAAACAUUCACUCCUCUCGGAAAAGUUAAAAACUGUGCCACUCAACCCUUAUAUCAUAAAUUGGUAUUUAAAUUUUCUAAAGAAUAGAAAGCAAAGAGUCUUUUGUAACGAUUUUUGUGGAGAAUGGAUGGAUGUUAAUAAGGGUACAACACAGGGGAGCGUAAGUGGCCCCUACCUUUUUAAUAUUUUCCUAAAUUAUUUAGAGGUGGACAUAGACGGCGAAAACGCUUUUUUUUUAAAUAUGCGGACGAUUCAAAUAUAAUAGUGCCAGUUUGGAGUGAGGGUCCUGAUACAUCAACAGAUACAGUUGGACAAUUCCUGAGCUGGUCUGAUGAUAAUUUUAUGACUUGUAACCCUGGUAAAUGUAAAGAGCUUAUCAUCCGGAAGAAGGGAUAUAAUGAUCAACUUGACAAUGUUUAUAAUAUACCCCAAUGCAAAGAACUUCCCAUUUUAGGUACUACUUUUCAAGACAAUCUCAAGUUCACUAGUCAUGUGCGAGGUAAAUUGGUCAAAGCAAACAAAUGCUUGUACGUUAUACGAACACUCAGGGCAGAAGGCUAUAGCCAAUGUGAGAUAGAUUAUCUAUUUAAGACCCUAGUAAUAUCUACUAUAACGUUUGGCCUGUCCGUCUACAGUUCUUCUCCAGCCGAACUCAAUACUCUACAACGGUUUUUUGACAGAUGUUUUAAGCGAAAGUAUAUAUCAGAACCUGUAAAUAUUAGAUAUCUUUUAGAAAUACAAGACAGAAAUAUUUUUAAGGCUUCUGUAAAUCAGAAGAGUGCCAUAGUCGACUUGAUACCAAGAAAAAAUCCACAAGCUACUCUUUGAGGACAGAGUUUAGUCAGUAUCCAAGAGUGAACACGGAACGUUUUAAAUUGUCGUUUGCAAAUAGAUUAAUUUUUAACUAUAACCUAUUCAUAUGAUGUAAACUUUACUAAUCUAUUCUUAAUAUGUACUUGUAACAUAAGAUAUGUAUUUUUAUCUUUUGAUCUAUUAAAAAGACUUUUGAAUUGAAUUUUGAAUUAGUUAUUAAAAGUUUAGAGGCACUUGCAAGCGACAAACAGCAAAAUCAAGCACCAAAUAUAGCUGCUUACAGUAAUUAUUUGAAACCUGGGAUACUUGAUCAGGAAGUACAUAAUUUCAACCUUGGUCAAUACCGUUCACGCCAUCCCUCACCACCUGGCUCAAUGCAUGACUCAAAUAACAUAGCAAAAUUAAUUCGAGAGGAAGUGCGGCGACAAACACAAUACCUCACCCAAACAAACCGCCCAUCAAGUUCUGGUGUUCCUUCUAACCGUAACCGUCGCACAACUGAUGGCUUAUCCAUAUGCAACAAAUGCAAUAAAGUUGGCCAUAUUGCUCGUAACUGUAGGGCUGGAGGAAUACAACAUCAGCCCCCACAAGUUUCUCAGCAUAAUUUUCACAUCCGUCCUGGCAUGCAACGUCAAUUUUCAUCUCAGUUUAAUUCAUAUGCUCGUCCUGGCAUGCAACACCAGCCUGUACAGAGACCCCAAUUUAAUUCAAACAUACAUCCUGAUGCUCCCACAUUCAAUCCACAACAAGGGCGAACUGCCAACAACCCAUUUAAUGCGGAAUCGGGAAACUAAUGGCUGCUUCUUUAUACCGGGACGAUAGGGAAGCAAUGAUUUUUGAAGUAUUUGAGAAGUCCAAAUGUCUCGAAAUGUUUAAUGAAAAUGUUGUUGAAAAUUUACCUGACAAAUUUAAUGAUGUAUCAGAUAUGCUAAUUAAUAUAGAAGAAAAAGGGCAGCAUGAUUUUGACAGCCCCCAUGUCCUGUUGAAACAAGUGUGAAUAUACAUCCUGAUCUUGUAGAUAUUGAUUUUAGUUUACCUGCAGGCAAGUCACUUAGCGUAUUAUGUGAGGAGAAUAACUCCUCUGGCCUACCGAAGAUAAAUUGUGAUACAUUGACAACAAAUGUAAACCCAGUGAGUCAAAUGUGUAAAUGUAGUUUUGAGGUGACCGCGUCACCAUGUGUAAAUGUACCACAGCAAGUCAAAUUUAGUGCUAGAGAACAAUUUCUCUUACCUCAUACAAUAGAUGUACCAGUCUGUAAUGAUCUAGUAGACCUGUCAUAUGAAGUUAAUAAAGAAACAAGUAAGGAAGCAAGUGUAGUUGUUUUGAAUUCUGACCUGGAAGGCCUGUCAUAUCCUGUUCCAAAAACCUCUGUGCACGCUGUUAAUUCUAUUUCAUUUGAGUUUCGCAAUAAUUGUCCAUUCUUGCAAGGUCAAGUAAGUGGUAUACCUACGUCUAUUUUAUGCGACACUGGAGCAUCUGUCACCACGAUUAGUGAGAAGUUAUUUAACAAAUUCCCUAAUUGCAAGAAAAUGCCUAGCGGUAAAACAUUUCAACAAACUAUUAGAACUGUCAGUGGUGAAAACAUGCCCAUCAAUGGUGUGGCAUUAGUUCCCUUUCAAAUUGGUGAGUAUGACUAUACAUUUUAUGCAUACAUCAUAGAAAAUUUAACUUAUGAUGCAAUUCUUGGGUCUGACUUCCUAGGUCAUUAUCAAGGUGUUAUCGAUUUUGACAACCAGUCUCUUGAAUUAUUGCCACCAAGUGAAAAGUCACCACCUUACCCAGCAUUAAAUCUUUUGUGUUCAGUACAUGCAUAUAAAACAUGUGUUUUACCACCAAAUACAGAAUCAGUCAUUCCAACAACAUUAAAAUGCAACAUAGAUCUCCCAACAGAUGGUUUA